CAGCGGAAGUGAGUGGACGGUGGCGGCGGCAGGUCCGAGUCCGGUGUUAACCUCACGGUUCGGUUCGGUGUCUCACGGUUCAUCGGCGGCGGUUUGUCGGGAGUCCACGUGUCCGAGUUCAUGACGUCGCCGAGUUUCACGGAUGAUUCCUUCAAAGCGUUUCCAGCCGAUGUGAACGAGUCCACGCAGGACGACGAGUCGAGCAGCGGAGCAGCCGAUGAUCGGGUCGUGUUGACGUGCGAUGUCCAACCCCACGAUCAACGCGUGCCUGUCCGCUGACCCGGCACAGAAGAGGACCGGCAAGUGGAAAAACCGGCGGUUUUACAAAGACGUGCAACACUUGGGACAACAGGGACACGUGGACGGGAGACGGAGAGACGACCCCCCCGCCGGGCCCAGACAGUACCAGACCCCCCUCCACAACGGCGUGAGGUCAGAGGCCGCUUCCACACAAAGCACCGGUUUACCUCGGCCCGGCGGCUCGUGGCCUCCGGCGGCCGCUCGCCGCCCGCCUGCCUCCGCGCCGCCCGCCAGCAGCCGAGGAGGCCACGACAAGCCAAAGGAACCCGUGAGCUUAAAGUCUGCAGCCGCCAACCCCGGCCCCUCGGGAUCCAGCAACGCCAAACCCGCUGCCACCUCCACCGCCAUCCCCACCAAGUUCCUGGCUAUGGACUGCGAGAUGGUGGGGGUGGGGCCUAAAGGCCACAUCAGCCAGCUGGCACGCUGCAGCAUCGUGUCCUACGAUGGAGACGUCAUUUACGACAAGUUCAUCAACCCCUCCAUGCCCGUGACCGACUACCGCACCCGCUGGAGCGGGAUCCGGCACCGGGAUCUCAUCAAGGCCACGCCGUACCCGGACGCCCGGAAGGAGAUCCUGAGGCUGCUGAUGGGGAAGGUGGUGAUCGGCCACGCCAUCCACAACGACUUCAAGGUGCUCGGCUACUCGCACCCGGCCGCCUUGACCCGGGACACGUCUCGGAUCCCGCUGCUCAACCUGAGGGCCGGCUUCGCUGAGCACGAGUGUGCGUCACUCAAGAGACUCACCAAGGCCAUCUUCAACCGCGACAUCCAGACUGGGAAGAAGGGUCACUCGUCCGUGGAGGAUGCAAAAGCCACGAUGGAGCUUUACAGAGUGGUGGAGGAGGAGUGGGAGAGGAGGUUCGCCUCCAAGCCGCAGGGCAGAUAACGCCAGGGCUGCGGAGACGCCGUGGAAGUUGAACUGAAUAGUAAUGAACUUUGAGGAGCGGCAGGUCAUGUGAUCUGAACUCACUGCUGCUUCCAGGAUCAAACCACUGUUAGUGUCAACGAGCGAGUGAAGAAACCAGGAGGAGAGGAGCUGCUCGGUUUAGAGCGCUGGAGAAGAAGAACAUGAGCGAGAGACCUGGAGCUUCAACAGAAAGAUUCUUUCUCAGGUUUCUGUGUGUUGAGAUGGUGCAUCUGCCACUAGGGGGCAGUCAUGUAUUCAUCCCAGCAACAAACAUACAUUAUUGAAACAGCAUCUGUGAUGACAAACACCAAAAAAUAAACUGUUUUUAUCAGAGCAGAAGUUCAGCUGCUCCUGGACAAGUUCUGGUCCUGAUGGGAAACAAAUAUAUUCAAGUCUGACCUCAACUGCUGCUGAUGGAUCAACUGAUGGAUCAACUGAUGGAUCAACUGAUGGAUCUCAAUCAUGAGUCGCUCAGUGCAGAUCUCUAUGGUUUUUAAUCGUCUUUUAAUUCAAAUCAGAGAAACAGAACUGGCUCAUUAUUCAGGAUUUGAUCAUUUCCACACCCACAUUUUAAAAAGUGACUAAACACCUUGUUUUUAGUUUUUUUUAUCUUAAUGUUUAAAAAAAAAAAGAAGCAAAGAUUUGUGAAGCUUGCUCUAUCAUACAAAGGUGUUUGUGAUGCACAGUAGAUAAUUCUAUAAGCUCAAAAACACCUCAGGUUCUGGUGGUGCAUUCGAGCAGGAGGUUCAAAAUCUAAAUGAAUGUAGUUGCAGAUCAUGGUCUCGGCAAAAUGAAUUGUACAGGGGGGGGGGGGGGGGCGACCUCAGUGGUGCUACAGCCACUUUGCUCCUUUCACCGGCCGACGUUUAACAACUCAUCAGAGCGGCUGAUUAAAAAGAAACAAAAAGAUGGAUCCUUGUUUACCUGAGUUCUUGAAACACGUUCAAUCAGCUGAUUACAGGAGAGUUUACAUUGAGAGAAACCACUUUUCUAUGCAACACCAGAUGAGUUCAGGUGUUCAGGUCAAUUGAACAAGUUCAGUAAUUGCUGUAAACACACACACACACACAAACACACACAGGAGUGUCACCUCUGCUGCAACUUGGACUGUGAGUUCGACUUGAGAGGAAAUCUGAUCUAAUGUUGGUCAAGUUAUUACAACUGGAAGCUUUUAAAUGUUUUAACUUAAACCAAAAUCAACUAGUUCUGCUUUGUGUUAUCUUUUUGUAACGUCAGACAAUUCACAACACACACAGUUGUCAGAUUAUUGUGCUGGAAGGUGCUUCUCAUUUUGUCAACCUCAUUUAUAGGGAGGAAUUCAUCCAGGGCUGUUGUAUCGAGCUGUUUCUAGACAGAGCUUCGGUCUGUGAGAACAAACGUCUGAGUCAGUGUCUCUGGACGUUUUCUGGAUCUUCUCCUGCAGCCUCCUGGUGAAAUGUGUGUAACGUGGGAGUGAGUCCAUGUGAGGAACCAGUAGGACAAUGUGUGGAAGCUUCCCAGUGAGCGUGACGUGAAACUGGAAGAACACAAACAUCUCAGGAUGAAGAAGAGGAGAAGACGAAGACGUGAACUUGGAAACACGAGGAGAUUCCAGAUCUUCUGGUGCUGAGGGCAGACGCUGGUGUGGAGGAGCUGGAAACAACAAUCUGAUCUUCCCUCAGUCUGUGUUCAUUCUGUGUGUAACCCCUGGAUUAAACAUUUCUUCUUCUUUCCUGUUUGUUUUAAAGUUAACUGUUGAUUAAAAAAUACUUUUUGAUCCUGCAAAA